GCUCACAGUGCUACCAACAUUAAAUUCACGUUGACGUUUACCAACACCUCGAUGGCAGCCAUUGAAUUUUCUCUUCGCGUCGUCUUAAAAAAAUACCUUUGUGUGUACUCGAAAAAGUGCGAAAUUAUCUAAUUUAUCAUUCAAAAAGUCUCCAAAAAUAUAAACGUAUGCGCACUAUAAGUGCUGCUUUGCUAAUUUGUGUAUAGAACUGUGAAAAUUUGUGUUCUUUGCAGCAAAUUAGGCCAGAGAAAAAUUUGUUGGCAUUCGCAUAUUUGCUUUUGUAUUGGUAUACUUCCACGAAAGUGAAGAAGUCAUAGUUUUCAGUGUCUAUUCAUUAACCAGCUAACGUGUUAGGCUGAAUAUGACCUCGCCCUCACCGGCGAAUAGUCCUAUGCCGCCACCCCAGGCACCGCCUGCGCAAAGUCCUUCACCAUCACCGCACAGUCCCUAUCAACAUCAACAAAUGCCGCAAGGUCCACCGGGACAACAAGGUCCGUCUGGCGCGGGACCAUCUGGACCACCGCAUGGCCCGCCUCAACAAUCCCAUAUGCAAGCCCCACCACCACAUAGCCAACACGGCCCCAUACCGACGGGUGGUCAUCAUGGUCCACCACCACCACCGGGUCAUCCCGGCGGACCGUAUACGCAUCCUAUGCAACACGCACCGCCUCAUGGUUCUCCACAUGGACCACCACAACACCAACAACACGGUGCAAUGCCACCGGGACAACAUGGAGUGGGGCAACACGGCCCACCACCCCCUCAUGGACAAGUACCACCUGGUCAGCAUGGACCACCGCCGCCUGGUAGUGGUGGUGCCCCUGGAAGUGGGCCACCAAUGUCACAUGCACCCCCACCUCAUGGUGUACCACCACCGCAUGGACCGCCAGGUCCACAACAGCAACCGGGAGUGCAAGGAGCGCCACCGCCGCAUAUGAAUGGACCACCGGGGCAAGGGCCACCCGGUCCACCUGGACCUCCACCACAGGGACAUCACAUGCCGCCACAUCAUCAAGCCAUGGGUCCACAUAUGGGGAUGCAAAUGCCACCACAAGGGCCAAAUAUGCCACCAAUGGGCUAUCAAACGCAUGGAAUGCCGCCAAACGGUCCACCGGCUCCCGGCCAGGGCCCACCACCUGGCGAUCGUCCCGUACAGGAAAGUCUAACCGCACUUCAACGCGCUAUCGACACCAUGGAGGAAAAGGGUCUGCAAGAGGAUCCACGCUACUCGCAAUUACUGGCUAUACGCGCCACAUCGAAGCAUCAACAUCUCACUGGCAACCAAGUGAAUAUGUUACGCGCACAAAUUACCGCAUAUCGAUUGCUGGCGCGCAACAAACCCAUAUCCAUGCAAAUGCAACAGCAGUUGGCACCGCCGCAACAGCAGCAGCAGCAACAACAGCAGCAACAGCAACAGGCUGGCGUACCGCCAGGUCCACCCGGACCGCCGGGACAACAUCCCGGUGUGCCAGUACAACAGCAACCGCCCGGACCAAGUGGCGCACCGCCGCCAUGUGUCCCUGGCAAUGCGGGCACACCCCCGCAGUGUCCUACACCGCCUGCCAGUCCUUACGCACAGCAGCAGGUGCCGGGCGGGCCGAAGUUGCAAGCGCCAUCACUGCCCCAUGUGCAGCAGCAACCCAUGGCUCCUGGCGGCGUGCCGCCAAUACCACCACAACAAGACGUGACGCAUCAGUUGCCCAAUGGCGCUGGUGGCAAGCCGAAUGCCGGACCGCCGCCACCAAUGAUGGGAGGCGGUCAACCGCCAAUUUCAUCACCAAUGCCCGCCACAGUAGCGCAGGGUGUGCGCCCGGGUAUGCCGCCCGGCGCUCCCGGUUUGCCACCACAGGCGCCACCUGGCAUGCAAGCGCCCAAACCAGGUGCGCCGCCACCACAGCAGCCAAUGCCGAAACCAAAUCGCGUUACAACAGUCGCGAAGCCAGUUGGUUUAGAUCCGAUCACUUUGCUGCAGGAGCGUGAAAAUCGUAUAGCUUCGCGUAUUUCAUUACGCAUGCAAGAAUUGCAGCGGUUGCCUGCCACUAUGCCGGAAGACUUGCGUCUGCAAGCGGCCAUUGAGUUGCGGGCGCUGCGCGUGCUCAACUUUCAACGUCAACUGCGUGCUGAGAUUGUACAGUGCACGCGUCGCGACACCACGCUGGAGACGGCGGUGAAUAUUAAAGCGUAUAAGCGUACAAAACGACAGGGGUUACGUGAGGCACGCGCCACUGAGAAGCUAGAGAAGCAACAGAAAUUAGAGGCCGAGCGCAAGCGGCGCCAGAAGCAUCAAGAGUUCUUGGCAGCAGUGCUGCAACAUGGCAAAGAUUUCAAGGAGUAUCACCGCAAUAAUAAAGCGCAGCUGGCACGCGUCAAUAAGGCAAUCAUGAAUCAUCACGCCAAUGCGGAGCGUGAGCAAAAGAAGGAGCAAGAGCGCAUCGAGAAGGAGCGUAUGCGCCGUUUGAUGGCCGAGGAUGAAGAGGGCUACCGCAAACUGAUCGAUCAGAAGAAAGAUAAACGUCUGGCAUUCCUACUUUCGCAGACCGAUGAAUAUAUCAGUAAUCUUACACAGAUGGUUAAGCAGCACAAAGAUGAUCAAAAGAAGAAGAAGGAGGAGGAAAGCAAACGUUUGCUGCAAUACAAGAAGGAACUGCUGAUGAGUGGCGAAUAUAUGAAUAUCGAUGAGAGCUGCAUUGCAGCGGACAUGCGCGUCACUGUGGUGGAGCAAUCUACGGGCACGCGACUCUCGGGCGAAGAGGCGCCAAUGCUAAAGAACUUGCAUAACUGGUUGGAGCGCCAUCCGGGCUGGGAUUGGAUAGAGUCGGACUCGGAUGAUGAGGGUGAUUCAGAGAUGCGCGAUAUUAACAGCAAGGAAUACAUUAAAUCUAAGGAGGAGGAAGAAGAAAAAAAAUCCGAAGAAGCAGAGAGCAAAGAGGUGGCAAAUGUCGAGGAUGCUAAGGACUUUAUCAAGAAAGUAAAAGUUGAAGAUGAUGAAUAUCGUACCGAGGAGCAGACCUACUACAGCAUCGCGCAUACCGUACACGAAAAAGUAUUCGAACAAGCAUCCAUUAUGGUUAAUGGCCAAUUGAAGGAGUAUCAGUUGAAGGGCUUGGAAUGGCUGGUGUCAUUGUAUAACAACAACUUAAAUGGUAUUUUAGCCGACGAGAUGGGUUUGGGUAAAACUAUACAGACAAUUUCGCUGGUUACCUAUCUGAUGGAUCGAAAGAAGGUCAUGGGCCCCUAUCUCAUUAUCGUGCCGCUCUCGACACUGCCCAAUUGGGUGCUGGAGUUCGAAAAGUGGGCACCUUCCGUUGGCGUGGUCAGUUACAAAGGCAGCCCACAGGGUCGCCGUUUGUUGCAGAAUCAAAUGCGCGCCACCAAAUUCAAUGUACUGCUCACAACGUACGAGUAUGUUAUCAAGGAUAAGGCCGUGCUUGCUAAAAUUCAGUGGAAGUAUAUGAUUAUUGACGAAGGCCACCGCAUGAAGAAUCAUCACUGCAAGCUAACACAGGUGCUGAACACUCACUAUAUUGCACCGUAUCGCUUGCUGCUGACUGGCACACCGCUACAAAAUAAAUUGCCCGAAUUGUGGGCUCUGCUCAAUUUCUUACUACCAUCGAUUUUCAAGUCGUGCUCCACUUUUGAACAGUGGUUUAAUGCACCCUUCGCUACCACAGGCGAGAAGGUCGAAUUGAAUGAGGAAGAGACGAUUUUGAUUAUUCGUCGUUUGCACAAAGUGUUGCGUCCCUUCCUAUUGCGUCGCCUCAAAAAGGAGGUGGAACACCAAUUGCCCGAUAAGGUCGAGUACAUCAUCAAGUGCGAUAUGUCUGGACUGCAACGUGUGCUCUACAAGCAUAUGCAGAGCAAGGGUGUGCUACUCACGGAUGGUUCGGAGAAGGGCAAACAAGGCAAGGGUGGCGCUAAGGCUUUAAUGAACACCAUAGUACAGUUGCGUAAACUUUGCAAUCAUCCAUUCAUGUUCCAGCACAUUGAGGAAAAGUAUUGCGAUCACACUGGCGCACAUAGUGUCGCUUCCGGACCGGAUCUAUAUCGCGUAUCGGGCAAAUUUGAAUUACUUGAUCGCAUUUUGCCGAAGCUGAAGGCGAGCAACCAUCGCGUGCUGCUCUUCUGUCAAAUGACACAGUGCAUGACUAUUAUCGAGGAUUAUUUGAGCUGGCGCCAGUUUGGUUAUUUGCGUUUGGACGGUACCACCAAGGCAGAGGAUCGUGGUGAAUUGCUGCGUAAAUUUAAUGCAAAAGAUUCCGACUAUUUUGUCUUCUUGCUCUCGACACGCGCCGGUGGUUUGGGUCUGAACUUACAAACAGCCGAUACUGUUGUCAUCUUCGAUUCCGAUUGGAAUCCGCAUCAGGAUUUGCAAGCACAAGAUCGUGCACAUCGUAUCGGUCAGCGCAAUGAGGUGCGCGUGUUGCGUUUGAUGACGGUGAAUUCUGUGGAGGAGCGCAUCUUAGCUGCGGCGCGCUACAAGUUGAACAUGGACGAGAAAGUCAUUCAGGCUGGUAUGUUCGAUCAGAAAUCUACGGGAAGUGAGCGACAACAAUUCUUGCAAACGAUUUUGCAUCAGGAUGACAAUGAAGAGGAGGAAGAGAAUGAAGUGCCGGACGAUGAGGUGAUUAAUAUGAUGAUUGCGCGUAGUGAGGAAGAGAUAGAAUUGUUCAAAAAGAUGGAUAUUGAUCGGAAGAAAGAGGACGAAGAAUUGCAUCCGGGUAGGGAGCGUUUAAUCGAUGAGUCAGAGUUGCCGGAUUGGUUGACGAAGGACGAUGAUGAGGUGGAGCGUUGGCAUCAGUACGAUGAGGAUACCAUUUUGGGUCGCGGCUCACGUCAACGCAAAGAGGUCGACUACACAGACAGCCUGACCGAGAAGGAAUGGCUAAAGGCCAUCGAUGAUGGCGCCGAAUUCGAAGAAGAGGAAGACGAAGAUGACGCCAAACGUAAGCGCCGUAAGCGUAAAAAUCGUAAAGAUGAUUCUGAUGAAGAUGAGUUGAUUAUGAAACGUCGUCGGCGCCAGAAUAUUGACAAGCGUUUAAAAAAACAAAUGAAUAAGAUUAUGUCUGCGGUCAUUAAGUAUACCAACGACGAUGGUCGUGUACUCUCCGAACCGUUUAUGAAGUUACCAUCACGUCAACGCCUACCCGACUACUAUGAAAUCAUAAAACGACCUGUGGAUAUUAAGAAAAUUUUACAACGUAUUGAAGAUUGCAAAUAUGGCGAUAUCAAUGAGCUGGAGAAAGACUUUGUGCAGCUCUGUCAGAAUGCACAAAUCUACAAUGAGGAAGCUUCACUCAUCUAUCUAGAUUCGAUUGAAUUGCAGAAAGUAUUUGCAAGUGCACGUGCACGCAUAACUGCCGCCGCAGCAGCUGCUGCAUCGGCUGCGGCUGCCGCUGGCAAUGAGUCGGCAAGUGGUGGUGGAGGCGGUGGAGGGGGCGGUACAGCUGCUGGCUCAGAGGCUUCUGACAAUGAAGAGGAGGAAGUGGGCGAUGAUGGCUCAGAUGAUGAGGAAAUUCCAACCACCUCUACGGCGGCAGUGAAAAUGAAGUUGAAAUUGAACAAGUCAUUAGCUAGCGCACCGGCAACACCAACACCGGCACCACCGGUACCCACUAGUGCGGCCACUACUUCCAAGAAGCAAACGCGCCGUAAGCGUUCACAGAAGAAAUACGCAAUUUUCGAUGAUGAUGACGAUGACAUAGAUUAGCUGCCAUUGGGUAUAGUAUUUGCGCGCAGUACGCAGCAGGCUUGCGUGGGAGGGGAUACACCGGUUACAAUGGCAAGAGUGGGAGGUGGCAAACGGCAACGUGAGCUUGAACACGACGAUUAUGAUGGUGACGAUGAUAAUGAUGAGUAAAGGGGCGGCACUAAAGUUGAAACUCCGUGCUGGGAAUUUGGAAUGCGACACAAAUUACUAAAAUAGUGGCAAAAACAUGAGGAACAUAAUGAGUAUUUAAAUAAGAUUUUUAAUUUUUAUAAGUUAUUUAGUGGGAAACAGGAUUUGCGUUUGUGAAUUUGUUUUAAUGAUGUUUUAAUUAAUUACUCUCUAUUUAUCUGUCAAUUGUAUAAUUUGCAAAUUUUAAUUUGUUUAUACUUUACGCAGUUGAAUACAUUUAUUCGUAAAAAUAUAUUUUAUUCUGCUCACUUAAAUCUAUACUGACAGAUAUGUAUGGCAAUUGUAAAAGUAAUAUGAUUGAGUGCGUCAGCGCAUUGGAGAAUAAAAAGUAAAACAACACAA